AUGAAUAUCGAGCACUUCAAGCGUUUGUUCGCUGUAUCUGGAAUACAAAGACCUGCUGAAGCUGUUUUGAAAAGAUUACUAAAUAACUAUAUUCAUCGCUUUCAUGCUGUGUCUUCUCCUGAGAGUGCUUUCGAAUUGUAUGAUUUUUUCAACAAUCUUCCUGCAACAACAACCAAAGAUAAACUUGAGUAUGACUAUGGUAUAAGAUUGAAUGACCUUUACGAUCCAACUUUUAAUGCCAAUAUUAUAACAGGAGCAGAUAAAACUGGCGCACCAAUAUUGGCCAAAAUAUUGAUGAGUUCAGAAGUACGAAUGACCAAGGAUCUUGAUUUGGAGAAUUCUCUUGUACCUGGUAUCGUUCAAACUAAGAUUUGCUCAGUAUCAUUAGAAGGAAAGGAUUACACGAACCAAUUUUCAGAUGGAAAAUAUUAUUGCCUAAUAAUGCCACAUUAUCCAAGAAGUUUAGCUCUUUUGGCAAACCUUCUUACUUCAGAAACAUUAUUAGAAGAGGGAAAGAAAAUCUUGAAAGCACUCGAAUAUAUUCAUGUCAAACCAGCUAAUAUUUUUGUUAGCACUAAUGGAGAGUGGUUUCUUGGAGAUUUUGGUUCGUGUGUGAAAAUUGGAGAAACAGUGGUAUCAUGUUCAGAAGCGUAUCUUCCCUUCAAUGGAGUUGGAAGAGAAAAAAGCAAGAGUUGGAUUUGA